UAACUAUUAUUCUUUUAUUCCACUCACAGCAUAUUUAUCAAUUUUCUUAAUCUCCGUCUCUAACAUGAAGUGAGAGUUUAUUUUGUGGAUAGAGACGGAGUUUAAUUUAUUAAUCACAACAUUGCAAGAAUGAAUACCAAACGCACCCUUUUAACUAUUUUACGACUGGAGAUAUUCAACGACGUCGUACAGGCAACAUAAGUUUGAAAUGAAAGAAGCAAGAAAUUUGUUAUGAGACGGUAGCGAAGACUGGAGUGAAGAGAGAGAAAUUGAAAGAAAUGAGCGUGACGACGGCGUCGUAUGUAGCUCGUCGAGCAGCGCAGAAGGAGAGGGUAAGGAUCCUCUACAGGCGAGCACUCAAGGAUACUCUUAAUUGGGCCGUACAUCGCCACCUCUUUUACCACGAUGCUGAUGCUCUCAGAGAGAAGUUUGAGGCCAACAGACAAGUGGAGGAUAUUGAACUCAUUGAUAAAAUGAUAGCUGCUGGUGAAGCAAGCCACGACAAGUGGCGUCACCCUGAUCCUUACAUUGUUCCAUGGGCACCUGGCGGCACCAAAUUUUGCAGAAACCCAACACCAACUCCUGGGAUUGAGAUAAUACAUAACUAUGGUCGUGAAGAAAAUUAAUGAAGUAAUUUAUCAACAUGGGAAUAACUAAAGAUCGCAAUACGAGGGAGACUGAUUUGAAAUUUGGUUUGUGUGGUUCAAGUUUAUUUUAUGGUUGAUACCUCGGCUGAUGUAUCGAGUGGCUGCUGACUGAUAAAAUGAGUUGUUACAAGGAACUCUUGAUGGAAAUAUUCAUAUUCUGUUAUCGAUUUGCUUUCUGUAUCUAAUAAUGCAGCGAGUCUUGAAGAGACAUUUGUAAUGCUUAUCUUGAUAAUGUACCGAUCGGUCGAUUUUCCUGUUUAUACACUUUUGGGAUCUUAAAAAUGGGAUCUUUUACUA